UUCUUCAUUAAAUCUCGUGUUUUUCAAUUCUUGAUUGUGUAAAAUGACUUGCAACUACAUAUCUUCUGCGUGAAGAAUACAUAAUAGAUGUUCUAAAAUCAAAACGUGAAGUCCAAGUGAUCCUUCUCAGUCUCUGCGGCAAAUUGUGUUUCAAAAGUUUCCUUUCUCUCUCCCUCACACAGUCACACACACACACAAACACACAGUUUGAGCAAGAACAGUAGUCGCACGGAAUAAAAAGAUUUGUCCUGCUCAUCCGUACAACGGACAAUAAAGUACAGAAAGAAUUCAAUACUUUGCCUACUCUUAAGAGCAAUUCUCUUGUGGGAGAACAUUGUGUACAAGGAACAAUUCACUUUUUUCCUUUUCUUUUACCCUCUUUCUCUCUUCACAAAUUUUGUUAAUUUUGAAGAAAUAAAAAGAGGGUUCACAGUAGGAUGAACAGAACUGAAAACUAAGCACAGAGAAAUGACUUGUCCCGGUAGUCGCCAAGACGCCAUUAAUGAAAGCCCUACUUGUCCUUCAUGCGGUCAUCCUUUCAAUCAUCAGGAAAAGAAAAGACAUGAUCUGAGCAGUUUGCCUGCCGGAAUGAAGUUUGAUCCGAGUGAUGUGGAGGUUCUUGAACAUUUGGAGGCAAAAGUGAGGUUGGAUGAUCAUAAGCUUCAUCCAUUGAUUGAUGAGUAUAUUCAGACCAUUGAAGGAGAGGAUGGAAUAUGCUACACCCACCCAGAGAACUUACCUGGAGCAAGCAAAUAUGGGCAAGUGAGACACUAUUUUCAUCGUCCAUUAAAGGCAUAUACCACCGGAACUAGAAAAAGAAGAAAAGUUCAUGCAGAUGAGGAUGGUAGUGAAACCCGGUGGCAUAAAACAGGCAAAACAAGGCCAAUUCUUGUUCAAGGGAAAGUUAAAGGAUACAAGAAAAUACUUGUGUUAUACACCAAUUAUGGGAAAAAAAAGAGACCUGAAAAAACAAAUUGGGUCAUGCAUCAGUACCACCUUGGCAACAAUGCAGAUGAAAAGGAGGGUGAGAUUAUUGUUUCUAAGGUUUUCUAUCAAACUCAACCUAGACAAUGUGGUUCCAAUGUCAAGGAUUCUUCUUCUAGGAUUAAACCUAAUCUUAACACCUCCAAUUUCGUCGAAUACUACAAUCCAACAUCUCUCUUCUCGUUUGAUAAGUUCGACCACAAUGAUCAGUCAUCUUCCCAUGUUCUUCCGAAAUUUCAAGUCAAUAAUAAUUCUUUCAUGUCUUGACCUUCCUUCAGUUCUCUCUUUUCUUUUCUUUAGUUGUCUGAAGGGUUUGGACAAGGUUUUAUCAAAGAUAAUAUUAUUGUACACUUGGAGCCUUCGAAUAGGUAAGUUGGCAUGUUCGUAGGUGAGUUCGUUCUUUUCACUCUCUUAUCUUACAACUUAACCCAUGAUUAUGAACACUUGUUCAAUAGAUUUUAGAAGUGAAAGCAGUAUCUACGGUGGAAUAAAUUAAUAUGCAAGGCACCAUGAUUAAGAAAAAUAAAGGUCUUAUUUGAGGCUGACAUAUAUACACUUCCCAAACUUUUUUUUUUUUUUUCUCUCAAUUAAUUUAUAUUUUAGCUUCUGAUGUAAUUUGAUUAUCUCUGUAUUGCUUAACUUAAUUUGGAUAGCUCAGGCUAACAAAAGUUGUACAUGUUUCCUGAUCUUCAACAAUGGGAGAAUAAUCAUAAAUGGGAAUGAAACAUUCAAAAUGUA